AUGGCCUUUCUGGACAUCCCUGUCAAGGCUCAGUUUGCUAGCGUUUCCCAAAGUGUAUUCUGCGGAACUAGCACCUACUGUGUUCUCAACACCGUGCCACCUCUAGAAGAUGAUCAUGGGAACAGCAAUAGUAGUCAUGUAAAAAUCUUUUUACCGAAAAAGCUGCUUGAAUGUCUGCCGAAAUGUUCAAGUUUACCCAAAGAGAGGCACCGUUGGAACACUAAUGAGACCCACAUUUUGCGGCGAUCAUUGACCACCCUUCAGACCUCCAGGACGGGAGCUCACCGGAGAAGCGUUAGCGUUAGGAAAGUGAGUGAGGUAUUCGUGGAUGACUCGGAAGAGAUCAUGACGCAGCCGCCCUUUUGGAUUUCUUUUUAAUAAUGUGUGACCCUUCACCUUUGAUCCCCUGACCUGCAUUACCUUGGUAACCAUUUCAUUUUUUAAUUUAAUUUCAUUUUUUAAUUUUGGUGUACAAGCUGUAACAUUUCAUCUCUCAAAGUGUAACACGCUGAUUUCCUCAAAUAGAGAUACCCCUUUGAGCGAUAAAUUUGCAAAAUGCUGUCUUCAUUUUCUGUAUUAAAAUUCAUUUCAGUUUUUAAAAUAAAGUGUAAUUUGUGUUUUCA